AUGUCAGGCGAAGAUUUAAAUAGUAUUAAAAGAAGAAGGGUUGCUAGAGCUUGCGAUACUUGUAGAAGAAAAAAAGUUCGUUGUGAUGGCGUUCAACCUGGCUCUGAUCCUCCUUCUUGUUAUAUUGAAGCAUUAGAAACUAGGUUACAAAGAAUGGAAUCUGUUCUAAGCAAUUUAAUUCAAUCAGGUGAAUUACCUGAGAGCUCAAUUAAUUCAAAUUUAGAAUGGAUUAAUGUUAAUGAAAAAAGUUACUCUAGUGAUAGUAAUGAAUGUGGUAAUUCUCAUUAUGAUUUGAAUGAUAGUAUGGGUCAAUUGGCAAUCGACGAGAGUGGUCACACAAGAUAUCUUGGUAGCAGUUCUGGAAUUUUCUUAUUAAAAUUCACAAAAAAAGUUGCUCACGGUCAAAUGAUCAGUAUUCCAAGUAAUUCUAUAAAAUCAAAACGUAACGACAAAAAUUUAGUCAUAGAAUUGCCUCCAAAAGAGUUAUGUGAUGCUCUUUUAAACAUAUAUUGGAAUAAAUUACAUCCUUACGUGCCUUUUAUUGACAAGUCAGAAGUGAUGGAAAAAUAUAACAAUUUGGAAACAAAUUUUCCUUCUGUCAUUCUACUUUAUUCUAUUUUUGCUUUAGCUUCAAAAUAUAUUGACGAUACUUCCGUACGUUCAAAUCCUGAUGAUCCAAUCACUGCCGGUGUUCCAUUUUAUGAACGUGCAAAAGAAAUAAUCAAAGAUGAAUUUGAGACUGCUACUAUAACUACUGUACAAGCUCUUUUGUUAUUGUCGAUAUUUUACCAAGGCGAUAAAGGUUCUACUCCUUGGAUUUAUAUUGGUUUGGCUAUACGUUUAGCUCAAGACAUGGGUUUACAUCGUGAUUCUUCAAAGUGGAAUCUUGACGAGAGGCAAAUCGAAUUAAGAAAACGUAUUUGGUGGGUCUGCGUUUUGUUAGAUAGAUUCAUCAGUACUGCUUUAGGUAGACCGUUUGCCAUAAAUGAUUCCGAUUACGAUAUACAAUUACCUAUUCAAGAUAAAUUGCCCGAAGAUCCGGAAGGCUCUGUUGAAAGUUUGAUCCAAAUGAUCAAGUUAAGCCUGAUAUUUGGACAAGUUCUUUCUCACGUUUACGGCAUUAAACAUAAGCACAGUUCUCAUAAAAAUAAUGAUUCGGUAUUAGCCUCUUUAGAUGGAGAAUUGAAUGAAUGGCGUGAUAAUUUACCUAAAGCCUAUCAGUGUGAUUCAACUACAUUACGUUUUGGUGAUUUGACAAACAGUAGAAGAACUUUUCUGCAUUUAUUAUAUUAUACAAUUCAAAUAUUAUUACAUAGACCUCAUAUACGUGGUCCAAAAUCAAAAGCUCCUCCAUCUGCCAUUCCAUCAUUAACCAUUUGUACAAUGGCCGCGAAUAACAUUACUCAUAUUUUAUAUAGAACAAUGAAAGAUGGUGGUUUGGGGGUCACAUGGCAAUUCAACAUAUAUCCAUUUUUUACUGCUGUUUCAACACACAUAAUCAAUGCAUUAAGUGGUGAUGAUAGAUUUAGAGAAGUUGCAAAACAAGGUCUAAGAAUGUCAUUAAAAUGCUUAGAAGAUAUAAAAAGUUCUUGGUAUGCCGGUAACAAGUGCAUAUCAUUGAUUAAUGAUGUUAUAAGAGAUUAUAAUACUGCAAUGAUACAACAACAUAUGAUCAAUCAUUUAGUUUUAAGUAAUCAAAUAAUCACUAAUAAUAAUAAUCAAAAUACUAGUCCCAACAACAUUAAUUCUCAUCAUUCUACUACUAAUACUAAUGCUAAUUUUGAUUCUAAUGUAAAUAAUCUUAACAAUAAUUCAUCCACUUCAUCUCCUGAGUCAAACUCGUCAAACUCAUCAACUUCAUUAUCUUAUAAUGAAUAUCUAUUAUCAGAUCCGUUAUUUCCCACAAACGCUGAUGCAUUUGCUCCUGAUGUUUCAUCAUUUUUAUUUGAUGAUGUUGAAGAUCAUAUGGGAAAUAAUAAUCCUAUACUACCACCAGCAAUUGAUUGGAGAAAUUGGUCUGAUUGGGCUGAAUAUCUGAUAAGAAUACAAGCUAUAAGAACUGCGAGCUCUCCAGGAGCAAAUACAAACCAUCGUUAUCAACAUCAACUACAACUAAAUCAUCAAUUAAAUCAAUUAAAUCAUCAUGGAAACAUAAAUAUUCAUAAUACAGAUUUAAUUGGUUAA